AUGCCUCCCAAAAGGAAGGCCGGCACCAGCGCCGUGCAGGGAGGGCUCAAGGCCGGUCGGUCCUCGCGCAUGUCGACGCCAGGAGGAGUGACUCCUCGCAGCAUCGAGAAUCGCUUCUCACUGGGGCGGUACCAGAAGAAGCACCACAUCCGGGAGCCUCUCCCACACAUCUUUGGUAGCAAUGAUUUCUCGUAUCUCGAUCUCAAGAAAGAUCACCAGAACCGGCCGCUUUGGAUCGAUCCUCAGAAGGGUAGAAUCAUCCUCGAGAGCUUCAAUCCGCUGGCGGAGCAGGCCCAAGAUUUUCUCAUUACCAUUGCCGAGCCUCUGUCGCGCCCGACGUUCAUGCACGAGUAUGCCCUCACUACACAUAGUCUCUACGCCGCUGUAUCUGUCGGCUUGUCGCCUCAUGACAUUAUAAAUACUCUCGAUCGCUUUCUCAAGACGCCUCUGCCGGUCGAAAUUCGGUCCUUCAUCGAAAGCUGUACGCAAAGCUAUGGCAAGGUCAAACUUGUCUUGAAGAACACCAAGUACUACGUCGAGAGUCCGGAUCCCAACAUGUUGCAGAUGCUGCUCAAAAACCCCAGGAUCGGCCCUCUCCGCGUUCAGGGAACGGCAGAAAUCACGACAUCGGCAGCACCUAAGCUCGGAAACCUGGUCAUUCCUGGCACUAAGAAUGCUGCGGGUGCCAAACAGGCGAACGGCGGCGAGCAACCGCACGAAGGUCAACCAACCCAGGAGGGCGACGUACUCGCUCGACUGGGCGAAGAAGAUGACGACGACCAGGAAGUCACACACUCUUUUGAGAUUGCAGACAAAGACGUCGAGACUGUACAGAAAGAAUGUCUCAAUCUGGGGUUCCCUGUUCUCGAGGAGUACGAUUUCCGACGCGACGAAGUCAACGCGACUCUUGACAUCGACCUUAAACCCGGCACCCAGAUUCGUCCUUAUCAAGAGAAGAGUCUCAGCAAAAUGUUCGGAAACGGACGUGCCAAGAGCGGCCUGAUUGUCUUACCUUGUGGUGCUGGAAAGACGCUGGUUGGCAUUACCGCAGCUUGCACCAUCAAGAAAGGCGUCAUUGUGCUGUGUACUAGUUCCAUGUCCGUCGUGCAGUGGCGUAAUGAGUUUUUGAAAUGGUCCAACAUUAAUCCAGACGAUAUUGUCGCCUUCACAUCGGACUCCAAGAACAGCGUCUUCACAGGAAGCACCGGUAUCAUAGUGACCACCUACUCCAUGGUCACCCAAUCUAGAGCCAGAUCAUACGAUGCCGAGAAGAUGAUGAGAUUUCUCACUGGGCGAGAAUGGGGUCUGAUGCUUUUGGACGAGGUUCACGUCGUGCCCGCCAACAUCUUCCGAAAGGUCACCUCGUCAAUCAAGACUCACUCCAAGCUAGGCUUAACGGCCACACUGCUGCGAGAAGAUGACAAGAUCUCCGAUCUCAACUUCCUCAUCGGCCCAAAGUUAUUCGAGGCCAACUGGAUGGAGCUGUCAAAGCAGGGUCAUAUUGCGCGGGUUCAAUGCGCCGAAGUCUGGUGCCCAAUGCCUACCGAGUUCUAUGACGAAUAUCUUCGAGCGCCAUCGCGUAAGAAGAAUUUGCUCUACAUUAUGAACCCUCGCAAGUUCCAGGCUUGCCAGUAUCUGAUAAACUACCAUGAAUCAAGAGGUGACAAGAUCAUCGUCUUCUCGGAUAACGUGUACGCCUUGAAGGCGUAUGCCCUGAAGUUGGGAAAAGCAUUCAUCUACGGCGGCACUGGACAGGCGGAGCGUCUGCAAGUGUUGGAAAACUUCCAGCACAAUCCACAGGUCAACACGCUGUUUCUAUCAAAAAUUGGCGAUACAUCGCUGGACUUGCCGGAGGCCACGUGCCUGAUUCAGAUAUCCUCACAUUACGGAUCUCGACGUCAAGAGGCGCAGCGGCUCGGACGAAUCCUGAGAGCCAAGCGUAGAAAUGACGAAGGCUUUAAUGCAUUUUUUUAUUCGUUAGUCUCUAAAGAUACGCAGGAAAUGUACUUUUCAUCCAAGCGGCAAGCCUUUCUGGUUGACCAAGGCUACGCCUUUAAAGUCAUCACUCAGCUGGCAAACAUUGAGAAGACGCCCGGAUUGGCCUUUGCAACUGCGACUGAGCGGCGUGAGCUUCUACAGAAGGUUCUAGUCGAGAACGAGACAAUGGAUGACGAAGAUAUCACAGACGAUUUAUUCCACAGUGGUACAAUGGGGCGGAAGAAGAAGGGAGCGGCUCGCCGAACGGCAGGCACUCUGGGCGAGCUCAGUGGUGGACAGGACAUGGCCUACAUUGAGCAGAACAAGAAGAUGAAUGCUGCUUUCAAGAAAGGAAAAGGAAAGAAGGAGAGCAGCGCGUUCUUCAAGAAGAUUGGGCGAGAAAAUGCUCGGCGAGCUGCCUUGGCUUAGGCAUGUAACCAGCACACGGUUCAAAUUUUUGGCAAUCUUUAUAAACACCUACUACAGAUUGGAUGGUCCGAC